AUGGGUGAUGAUUAUUGGAAUUCAUCUUCGGUGACAAAAAAAGUCAGCCAACAAGGAAUCUUCGACAUGGAUGGAGGCAAUGCACUUGACCGAUUUAAAAAUCAAUCGGAUCCAUUGAUCGAAAGUAUUCUUGACUCCAGCCGUCUAACAACAACAACAACAGGAGCAGUAUCAACUCGCUUUCGUGCAACACCCGCACCAACAUCGACUCCUUCGCCGGCAGUGAUCACAACAUCCAAGCCGGUACCGACUCCUCAACCAAAGUUUACUGUUCCAACGCCAACGCCAACACCAGCGCCAAUGAUGCAUGUUCCACGUCCUUUUAGUCAGCCCACUGAAUCCGCUCGCUUUGGUCGAUCACCCGUACCAUCGACUUCUAAUGAUACCCAUUCAAAUUCGCAAUGGUUACCAAACGCUGAAGAGUACCCUGAUCUGCCGACAAAAGACCGAAGCACGCAGUAUGAUCCCGAGAUGGAGCUGCGCUGUAAAGGAUUACUGGAAAAUAAGCCUGUCAAAUUAGAUGAUAUACGUGAUUAUGAUCAAAAAGCUUCUUUAUUGCGUCAAGCUAUGUCAUUUCGUCUGUUCUGUUUUGCAGUCAAACAACAUCCAUCAGCUGUCAAUAACUACAUCAACAUGGCAAAAUUACGAUUCGAAAAUGAGUAUCAUGUUGCUAUGUUAAAACAAUUCGAUCGAAAUGAAGAUGUUGCAAUGAUACGCUUACGGCAAGUAACUCAAACAAAUGACGCGAACACCAAAAUGGCAUUGCUGGAUCAAGCAGCAACCGAGCUCGCAUCGCAUUCUUGGUGGCGUUUACAAGUUGCUGAGUACAAACUUCUCCUUAGAAAACAACGGGAGUUACAGACACCUGCAAGUGAACGCACAGUACUUGACACGUACAAGAUAAUCUAUGAUGGUGAUUUUCGUAAACAUAGACAGAGCCGAAUGAUGGAUAAAUCAACUGUCGACCGAAGCAAGGAAUUCGAAACAACAUUCAAUAUGUCUCCGGAAUUGAUUAUGUGUGGUAAACUGUCUGUGAUAACGAAAUGCGAUAUACGAACACAUUAUGAUGAUUUCGUACAUCAAGCAAUCCAUCAAGGAAUCUUCGGGAAGAAGUAUAUCGUUGCUCCGGAAUAUCUAGCUGAUAUGGUGUUUAGUUGGGCACUCGCAAAUGGCGAAGGGCAAGAAAAAGCGAGUGAAAAAGCAGAAAAAUUUCUCACAAUGAUUCCCGAACCGACUAAACGAAUAUUUUUCGCAGAAAAAUUUCAAAAUUUUGAUGUAGCAAUGGAUACUAUUGUUAAUAAUCUCCGUGACCGAGUACAGUUAGAACUUUUACGUCGUCGUAUGCCAGCUGAUCAUCGAUCGUACAAUCGUGCCACAUCGCUCUUAGAAAAUACUAAAUGGCGCAACUGA